UAGAUUUUGCUCAUUUCUACGAGGCCAGGAGUGCAAAAAUUAAACCGGUUGGCUCAUUCCUCAAAGUUACAGACAUGAAUCAACGGACAAGCGACAGCAAUGCAGCGAUAGACGAGGAGGUGUCACAACAGGACAAGCGCACGGCCCGAGGGAUGGGAGGUGAAAUGUCGACUCAAGCCUAUCUAGAGGAGCUAAAAUGGCCAGUGGAGAACCUUUCUAUGCAGCAACAGCAGAAGCCUACCAUUCAGGACCAGACCCAGGCUCAGAAGCGUAUGUGCGCGCAGAGAUCCGGCUGUGGUAUGCACCAUAGCUAUCAUCCAGGCGAUUAUCUAGCAAAACAGCUACACCAGUGCCAGAAGUAUCAGAAGAAUUUUGAUCAGAGUCCAGGCAAGCAACAGCAGCCUUCUCAGGAUCCUCAACAACAGCAGCCGAAGCAGCAGUAUCUGGAACAGACAUGCCAGACUCCUCCCAUACCGAAGCAGUGUCUUCAGACUUCGUAUCCGAGACUUCCUCAAGAACAGGCACAGCGUAAUGACAGCCCGACCAUGAAAGCAUCUUCAAUGAGCUCCAGCUCCAAAGAGCCCUCCAAUACAGCAGUUGGCCAACCGUCUUCAUGCUUGAGCAAUACGGAUGAGGCGAAUUUCGCUGAAAAUAUCGAUGAAAGUGAUAAAAAGACAUCAAAUAUGUACAUGGAAUUCGUCGCUCAGCACUAUUCGCAUCAGCAACAGCACUCAAAUAAGCAGUAUCAGCCGGAUUUAAAUCAGAAUUCUCCUCAACGCAAUCAAAGCCAGAAGAGAGCACCGAUAAGCAAAAAUACAGACGUCCUAUCCCCGCGUCCUCAGCAGUACGGUCCACAAAAGCCAAAGAUGCUUUGUAAGAACACGGACGUGAUAGACUUUGACAAAGAUUUAAAAGGACUUGAUAAAAACUCAUCAUACAAAUACAUGGAGUAUGCCCCUAAACUGUGUCAGAGUCCACCGCAUCAGACGAAUCAGAAUAUUUUUCAUAAGCACAAUCAGGAGCAUUAUCAAAUGAUGUCACCGUCACGUCAGAAGAUCGGAAAACAGCAAGCUAAGCACAUCCAAUUGUCGCCUCCUCAUCAAUACAGUUGUCUACUUGAGCCGGAAAAGUGGGGCAGAGAGAUUGGUGGGGAACUUCUCGCUAAGAACUCGGACAUUCUUACAUCAACAUCCUUGAGCGACAUCUCCGAGAAGAAUUGCGAAGAUUCCACUGUAAAACAAAAACGAUAUAACAAAUGCGGAAGGUGUAGUGAUGAGAACGGCACGAACAGCACCUCCACGGGAACGACCGUGAUCACUGUGAAGUGCAGGGACGAGCUGCGUUCCAUGGUCCGGAACGAGAUGGAAAUUCAUUCGGUGUUCGGUGAACUGUCUGAUACUGUGGUCUCUCAGUUGAAGGACUAUUUGUGCGCGCUGUCAACAACUGACAAUGUUCCCCCGCCCAAGAGCCAGUAUAAGGAUAGCCAGUGUACAAAUGCACCCAAGAACUCAGCCAUAGAUAAUGUCCUGGAUACCAAGAAGCAGGAGUCAUAUCAAACCCAAAAUAUAGCAUCGUUCGGCAAAGGCAUUCCCAAAGCUCAAGAAGUCCGAAUUCCGCAAAAUCCAGGACUAGCCAGAGAGAAUGCCGGAGAGUUCCAGUCUAUGAGCACACCGUAUAAGAGCAUGGAGUAUGUUCCUAACCAGGGUUUGCUUCAGUAUCCUACUCAGCGUACGUAUCAGGAUCUUACCAAGGAGCAGACACAGAAGUCGGAGCGGAGCGCUUCGUAUCACAAGAACCAAAAGCAACCUUCCUAUCGUACCUUCAAGCUGGAGGCGAAACAGAACUCUCAACAGAAGCAGUCUCCAAAUCAGCAGAUCUCAGACUCAUCUCCAUUCGCAUGCUUCAGCGAUGUGCCUGAGGAUGAUUCCGAAGAGUCUAUUUUCGAAAUGGAUAAGAAGACACUCAACAAGCUCAUGGAAGGUUCCCCGAAGGACAAACUCAAACACAGGGUGUCCGGUGACGAGCAUGAUGGGUUUUCCAUGGCUAGUAGCAACUCGGUAUCGACUUCGAUUAGUGCGAAGAGCGGGGACGAGCUGCGUGCCAUGAUCUGGGACGAGAUAGACGGUGAUCAAAAAUCUAUGCGUAGUCAAUUCUCAAGGACUACCAAUGCCACGUCGUCAAAGCCACGACAUAAGGAUGUAGAAGAGAAUUUGUCCAUCUCUUCAGACUUGAGUCAGCCCAGUGAUGACGGAAAUCACGAUAGGAAGGAAACAAUGUCCAAACAUCCAAACAUCGCUUCCCUCCCGAAUUUGGCCAUAGAUGUUAAUGCGCCCACCACUGAUUCAUUCAAGGGUUCGAAAAGAGAUGAGCUGCCACAAAUUGAGUGCAGUAUGAGUAUAGAUGAUUUAGUGAACUGCAAGGUCAUCACUCCCAUGAUCAUGAAGAUACACAACAAGUAUAUGACCUCUAUGCAGGAUGCGAUGCAGCUCAUGAAGUAUCUGGAGACGGUGCCGCGCCUUGUCGGUCAGAUUUACAAGGAUAACAUUAAGUUGGAACAGAAGAAACUCUAAAAAUUUUUAAAGUCACUUUUGAUUCAAUGAUACCUUUUAAUAUAUU